AUGCCCCCGCGCAACCACGUGGUCACUCUUGAGAAAAAAUGGGCCUACCACGCCGUCGAUGGAUAUGAGCUCAAUAACAACACCUGGGGCCUCGAGAGUGCCACCUCCGGCUCCCAGCGCACGCACUAUGACGGGCCUUGCCCGUCUGGUGGCUCAGGGGCCGCGGGCAUCUCGUGGUCGACCGACUGGGAGUGGCAGGGCGGUGAGCACAACGUCAAGUCGUACGUCUACGGCGCUCGGCAGUUUGAGCGUCGCCUCCUGAGCGAGAUCCAGGCCCUGCCGACCGAGGCCGAGUGGCAUUACAGCACGUGGGACGUGCGUGCGAACGUCGCGUAUGACAUCUUUACGGAUCCCGACAAGGAUCAUACGAACAGCAGCGGAGAGUUUGAGGUUAUGAUCUGGCUCGCGAAGCUGGGUGGUGUGUGGCCCAUUAGCGAGUCCAAGGCGCCCAUCGCACACGUUGAGAUUUGCGGACACCAGUGGGAGGUGCACUUUGGGUAUAACCACGGCGGCGCAAUGAAGGUGUACAGCUUCCUGCCAGUGAACGGCCCGAUCCAGCACUUCACCGCGGACGUGAAGCAGUUCUUCAACUACCUGAGCCACCAGUUCCAGUUCCCGCAGCACAACCAGUACAUGCUGGCGUGGACAGUCUACCAGCUUGGUACCGAGGCUUUCACCGGAGGGCCCGCUGAGUUUGUGGUGCCCAAGUUCAUCGCCGAUGUUGUCUGA